AUGAAUAUCAAAUACUGCAGAAGAAAGAGAAAAUGUAUAUCUAAUAACUGUGGAAAGAUAUUAAAUUAUAAUUCAGAGUUGAAUGUUCAUCAGAAUGUACAUAAAGGACAGAAGCCCUAUAUAUGUGCUGAGUGUGGUAAAGGAUUCAUUGAGGAGUCAAAUCUUAAUAUCCAUCAGAGAAUCCAUAGAGGAGAGAUUCCUUAUAUAUGUGCUAAGUGUGGGAAAGUCUUCAACUGGAAGUUAAUAUCUCAUAAUCAUAAAAGAGUUCGCAGUGGAGAGAAGCCUUACAUAUGUGAAGAAUGUGAAGAAGGAUCCACCCAUAAAUCAAAGCUUCAUGAUUAUCAGAAAGUUCUCACCGAAGAAAAUUGCUUUGAAUGUAAUGAGUGUGAGAUGAGUUUCAGCCAAAAGGCUUUAUUUCAUGCUCAUCAGACAAUGCACAUUAAAGAAAAAUCCUAUAAAUGUGAUGAGUGUGGGAAAGGAUUCAAAAGGAAGUCAAACCUUCAUAGACAUUAUAUAAUUCACACUACAGAGAAGCCCUAUAUGUGUGAUGAAUGUGGGAAAGCAUUUGGAUUUAAGUCAAACCUUCAUAGACAUCAUAUAAUUCACACUAGAGAGAAGCCCUAUAUAUGUGAUGAGUGUGGGAAAGGAGUCAGACAGAAGUCACAUCUUUAUGAUCAUUUGAAUAUUCACUCUGGAGAAAAGCCCUAUAAAUGUGAUAAGUGUGGGAAAGGAUUCAGAUGUAAAUCAAACCUUCAUGAACAUGUGAGUGUCCACUCUGGAGAAAAGCCUUAUAAUUGUGAUGAGUGUGGGAAAGGAUUCAGAU